AUGAUUGCCAUGGGAAAGCUCUUGAGAUUGUCUAUACAAGAACCAAUUGAUUGCGAUCCAGGCUCAUGUGGUUGCCACCAUGGCAAUCACAUAUCGGUCUUUGCAUACAUUAAGAAUAAUGGAAUAGCUCUUGUCGAAGACUAUCCAUUUGUUUCUGAAACUCAACCUUGUUAUGCAAAGAACAUCCUUCAUAAACCAAGGGUGUUCAUCAACGACGUCACGGUUUUAAACAAGCGUGGACUUUUGGGUGAAGAUGAACUCAAAAAAGCGAUCUCUAUGCGACCUGUGAUGGUCAUUUUGAAGGUUGGAUACGAGUUUUUUGAGUUUAAGGGGGGAAUUUUCAGGACUGAAACCAAGGAUCCCAAGUGGGGGUGGGGCAUUGGUGGAUACAUGCUGUUAGAGCGCAACAACAGUCUUCUUCAUGGUAGAUGCGCGAAUACUAUCUUAUUAAUUUCAACCAUUCUAGUUGUUAGAAAUCCGCAAACUAUUCCAACGUCCGGUCAGAAUUUCUUUGAAUAUGUCCUUGAAUUCAUCCGAGACGUGAGCAAAACUCAGAUUGGAGAAGAAUAUGGUCCGUGGGUUCCGUUUAUUGGAACUUUGUUCCUAUUUAUUUUUGUUUCGAAUUGGUCAGGGGCUCUUUUGCCUUGGAAAAUUAUAAAGUUACCUCAUGGAGAAUUAGCUGCACCCACAAAUGAUAUAAAUACUAUUGUUGCAUUAGCUUUACUUACGUCAGUAGCCUAUUUCUAUGCGGGUAUUUCAAAAAAAGGAUUGGCUUAUUUUGGUAAAUACAUCCAACCAACUCCAAUCCUUUUACCGAUUAACAUCUUAGAAGAUUUUACAAAACCCUUAUCGCUUAGUUUUCGACUUUUCGGAAAUAUAUUAGCUGAUGAAUUAGUAGUUGUUGUUCUUGUUUCGUUAGUACCUUUAGUAGUUCCUAUACCAGUUAUGUUUCUGGGAUUAUUUACAAGCGGUAUUCAAGCUCUUAUUUUUGCUACCUUAGCUGCGGCUUAUAUAGGUGAAUCCAUGGAAGGCCAUCAUUGAUCAGUUAUCAAAAUAGUCUUUUUUUGAUCAAUUUGUAU